AUGAAUGAAUCUCCAAGAACUGCAUCCUCCGGUAGCUUGGUAUCCAGUAAUGAAAGCCAAGUAAAUAUUAAGCUUGAGACUACUAAGAACCUUAUUGAUUUUGAUGCUGAUCCUAUUGCUUCCACAAUUCCUCAAGCCCAACAAACUAGCGCGCCUCAACCUGUUUUGCAGCCAGGAAAUUCCAGUGAUGACAAUUGGGCCUCUUUUGAUAUUGCUUCUGAGAAGAAAGCAAAUCAAAACACCUCAAAUUUAAAUCCACUUGAAUCCGUACUGUCCCAAUUGUCUUAUUCGGCAUCUUUAUCUUCUCAUGCUUCGGGAGUCCAAGGACCUAUUCCAGCAGGGGCUCUUAGUUUUGGCAGUUUAUCAUCUUUCCCAUCCAAUGAUGCUUCGAUGCCAUCUUCCGGACUGGAAGUUGUAUUACCUCAUAAUAAUGUAGGAAAGUGGGCUAGUUCGCAGCAUCAGCAACCAAUGUUCUCUGCUGUAAAUAGUCAGCCAUCGCAUGUACCUUCUGUACCCACAGGACAGGGAUAUCCCAACUCACCAAUGCCUCAUGCAUACCAUCGUGCUUCGAAGCCAGCCAAUGAGGCUUUUAACAGUAUUCUUUCUCAAACUUCUGCUGUAGAAGUAAAACCAAGUGGAAGAACAGAACUUUCUGAAGAUCUGUUCACUGCAAAACACUCUUCCUUCUCUGCUCCAGUUCAAGGUUGGCAGGCGGGUCUUCCCCAGGGCAGGGGCAUCUCAAUGCAAUAUAAUAAUAAUGUGGCGCCCAUACCAAGUUUUUCGGAGCCAUCAAGGUCAACAAAUCCAUUUGAUGUCGGCAGCAAACAAACCCCAGAUCAAGACCCAGACAGGCAACAACCUGAAGAAGUGGAAGAAAGGCAACAACCUAAACAAGUGUCAGAGAGGUUGCAACAACCUGAAAAAGUGGCACAGAGGCAACACCUUGAACAAGUGGUAGAAAGGAAACAACCAGAAAAAGUAGCUGAGAGUCGACUACCUAGUGAUAAAGUAAAACAGAAUUCUUGGAAGGAAAGAAGAAGAGCACGUGAGUUGGGAAGAAGAGGAGGAAGUUUGGGAACUCAAGUGUCAUUAUCAACAUGCAUGAACAAGAAGAUUCUUGAAGAUGGUAAGGUUUUGGUUUCAAGAAAAAAACAAGCUUGGCUUGGAAAUCAUUAUCAUCUUCAUCAUCACUUUCAUCAAAUUCAGAAUCUCCUCUCAAUUAAGGUAAGUUUCAUAGAUAGAAAUUUUGGGUAA